AUGGUCUCCACUGGCGAAUUCGGAGAUCUAUGGGUUUGGCGUGCAGCCCAGAAGAAAUACGUCUACAUCUACGACCACCAGGGCAUUGAAAUUCAUUGCCUCAGAGACCUCAUGCUAACAUACUGCUUAGACUUCCUCCCUUAUCAUUACCUGAUGGUCUCCACUGGCGAAUUCGGAGAUCUAUGUUACUACGACAUAUCUACAGGGCAGGUGGUUGCGAAGCACCGCACGAAGAGAGGCCCGUGCGACGUAAUGUGUUUAAAUCAGUUUAAAGGCGUCGCCGCUCUCGGACACUCGAAAGGAACAGUCUCCUUGUGGACCCCAAACCUCAGCAAACCUGCAGUAGAAAUGUUUUGCCACCACGGCAAAGUCACAGCUGUUGCAGCCAAAGAAAACAUAAUGCUUACUGGAGGUGUAGAUGGUGUAUGGAAGCUGUUUGACUUACGCCGCUACGAGUGCAUGCAUUCAUUUGCAUCUUUCGGCGGUUUUGUUUCGUCGUUUGAUAUUUCUGACUCAAAUUUAAUUGCCGUCGGCUUUAAUUCGCACUUACAGAUUUGGAGGUCUGACAAAACCGCUAAACCCUCCCUCUAUCUUACUCACGAACUGCCCGGAGAAGUAAGACUUUAA